AUCAAAGCGAGGAUGAGCCAGAGUGGAGAGGAGAGGACGAAGGGAGAGGUAGGAGGGGAGGAAUGGGGAAGGAAGGGAGGUCCACUUCCAGCUCCCCUCAGCCAAUCAAGGGUUGUCACAGGGGACUCACGUGGACGAGGCGCUUUUAAAACCUAGCUCCUUACUUUUCCUCAAGUUCAAUUUUUUGGGAUUCCCUCCCGUCAAGUCGGUUUUACUAUUCCAGUUGUCACUAUUUAACCCAGUUUAUCUCUCCUCUUUUUCCGUUUUUUUAAACUCAGCGGCACUCUUCCUCCGCAUCAUCUUCCUCCUUUUUACAGCAGCUCUGGACUCUUCUCUCACUCUGCUUCAAGCUCUUUAAAACCCGUUUUAGCUGUUCUGCUUCAAAGGAAUGCCACCGGUUUUCCUGAAGAGUCUCCAGCGGGAGAACUGAGAAUCCGUCGUCGCUCUGAGCUCGGUUCCGACUCCCCGGUCCCUGUCCAUGGUGCUGAAGCGCACCAAACCCGCUGCUGCUGGAAGAAUUUCCUCCUCACCAGGAAGCGGCUCAUCUUCCUGCUUAGACUUUUUGAAGUCGAAUCGAUUGUUGCACCAGAUGCAUUAUUGAUUGCGUCUCAUCAGACUUGCCAACCGCAAGAAAAUCGGAUAAACGAACUGUUUCUGUUUUAAUUUGGUCUGGAACUAUUUUCCUUUAAAGAUCCAAUAGGGAAACUGGAAGUAAAGCGGAUGAAAAUAAGCAACAGCGGUGCGUUUCCAGGAUCACACUCAAAAAUAAUCCUUCCAAAUAAUCUUUCUUAGAAUAAAACUUGUACCUAAUACCAAAUGGUCAUUUAAAAAAAAUAAGAAAAAAACGCCUCAUCGGAACAAUGGAGGCGUCCGCCAAUGGGUCCAGUUUCGGCAUCGACUCGCUGUUGUCCCGCCGGCCGGGGAGCCCGCUGUCCAAGGGGGACGGCCUGCUGCCGGGGGAUUGCCGCUCACCCCUGGAAUUCAGUCCCAGGUCGGACGUGGAGAGCGGCUGCUCGUCGCCUCCGUCGCCCCGAAGGGAGUGCGUGGAGGAGGCAGCCCAGAGGCAAGUGCACGUCGCGGGACUGCCGCCGCACCUCCAGCACGCUCAGAUCUCCGCGGGCGCGCAGCAGCGGACCGUGACCUCCUCCUUCCUCAUCAGGGACAUCCUGGCGGACUGCAAGCCGCUGGCCGCCUGCGCGCCCUACUCCAGCAACGGGCAGCCGACGCAGGAGGCCGGCAGGCUGGCCUCUAAGAUAGCGGACGAGUUCAUCGAAAAGAUCCACAGCAACUCCUCGUCGGACAGCGAAUAUAAAGUGAAAGAGGAGGGAGACAGGGAGAUCUCCAGCAGCAGGGAUAGUCCGCAAGUUCGGCUGAAGAAGCCCAGGAAGGCCCGCACGGCUUUCACGGACCACCAGCUGGCGCAGCUGGAGCGCAGCUUCGAGCGCCAGAAGUACCUAAGCGUCCAAGACCGGAUGGAGUUAGCCGCCUCUCUCAACCUCACCGACACGCAGGUCAAGACCUGGUACCAGAACCGAAGGACAAAGUGGAAACGGCAGACUGCGGUCGGGCUGGAGCUGCUGGCGGAAGCUGGGAACUACUCCGCCCUGCAGAGGAUGUUCCCGUCCCCGUAUUUCUACCCGCAAAGCCUGAUGUCCAACCUGGACCCCGGGGCGGCCUUGUAUCUGUACAGGGGCCCAUCGGCGCCCCCACCGGCCCUACAGAGACCCCUGGUCCCGCGGAUCUUGCUGCACGGCCUGCAGGGGGGCGGAGAGCCGCCUCCGCCCCCACCCCCUCCUCUGCCCCCCAUGUCCGGAGUGCUUACCCGGCCUGCUCAGCAGCGGUGAGCCGGGACCCCUGCUGAGUUUUUAUAAAACAUUUUGGACCCGUUAGAAUAAACAGGACAAAUCAAGAGAAAACGAUCAGAGGAGGAGAAACAGUUCGGCCUCUUUUGGACAAAACUUGCCGAUUAUCAGGACAUAACUGAUCCGAGCAGACUAUAAACACUUUAUGAUGUUUUCUUUGUCUUUGUGAGACAGAAGCUUUAUUUAUAAUUUAUUUAUUUUCAGGAUGCAUUAAAGCCUCUAUGUUGAGUAUUUAUUUACACCCAGUUUCAGUAUUCGGGCUCUGGCACUUCGACCUCCUGCUAAUUAUCAUUAUCAUUAUUACUACUAGUAUUAUUAUUAUUUGCAGGUAAAAUUAGCAGAAAUGAGCAAAGUUUCCUGUAAAAACAAAAAGUAGUUGUAACAUCCAAAGGAACAAUAUUUUUAUUUAUUUUUUUUCCAUUCAUCGGAGUUAUUAACGUGUAAAUAAGAAAUACUAAGACAUUUUUUGUUGAUUGUUUACUACUGUGUCCAGUUUAACCGAACUGGUGGGAAAAUAAAUAUACGGUCUGAGGAAAAGGAUGGACUGGAUGUUUGGAUCCACAAACCUUGGCUUAUGCUGACUUAAAUAUGUCAAAUUAUUUAUAUCUAAAGCGCGGUCUUACCCCCAACAGAUUUUAAAGCACCACCUUUGUGAUGCCUCGUUUUGUAAUUUUAUCGAUAAUCGAUUAAUCGGACUUGGGUCCAGCGCUCAGGUGGGCGCUGCCAGUUGAUUUGUUGACCUUGUGCAUCAUUUCUGUUAUUUCAUAUGAAGCUGUGAUAAUAACUCCGUACUGUUCCGACUCUACUUUAUAUUGGUGAACAUGUAUAUUGCAGAUAUCAACUUUGUGGAGUGAUUUUGGUAUAAUUACAUUUCCUGGAUUUCCUUUUAAUCGAUUUUAUUUUUUAAUUUCAGUUAAUCGAGGUUCCUGAAGGAAGUUCCCUCCCAAAAAAGUGGUGAAUUUAUUUUUAUUUUUUAGUGAAGUUCACAGCAAAGGCUGGACUGGUUCAAAAAAGAAAAAAAAAAAAGAAAAAGAGGAGGGGGGAUUUGAUGUAAAAGAGAAUUACUUUUAUAAAUGUGGAAAUAAAAAAUGUCUUUCAUUUAA